AUGCCACUGAGCAUCGUGGCGCUGAGGGGCAGCGUGCCCACUCAGUGGGUCUUGGACUUCCGGCAAGGCCUCGGGCGGUAUGCUAGCUUUGAGCUGGGCCAGAGGGGGCAGCUGCAGGAGAUAUUUGACGAGCUGAAGGACCCAAAGGCCAAGAGGAGCGCAGGGGCCGCGGACGUGGUGACGCUGGGCGACGCGUGGCUGGGCGCGGCCGUCAAGCAGGGGCUGCUGCAGCCCAUUCCCUCCGCAGAGACGUACCG